AUGGCACACGGCGUGGUGGUUAGAGGGCUUGCUCACCCUCUAGCCAUAGAGAUGUUCCACGAUAUCAACAUGCUGGUGGAGCAGGGCGAGCAGUACAAGGUGUUUGGAGCGGUCCCUGUGACCCCACGACUGAGGACAACCCUAUCCCCCCCCAACCCUAAACCCAAAACCCUGAACCCUCAGUUCCACGAUAUCAACAUGCUGGUGGAGCAGGGCGAGCAGUACAAGGUGUUUGGAGCGGUCCCUGUGACCCCACGACUGAGAACAACCCUAUCCCCCCCCAACCCUAAACCCGAAACCCUGAACCCUCAGUUCCACGAUAUCAACUUGCUAGUGGAGCAGGGCGAGCAGUACAAGGUGUUUGGAGCGGUGCCUGUCACUCUUGGACUGCGGGCAACCUUAUAUCCCCCCAACCCUAAAUACGAAUCCCUGAACCCACAAUUCCACGAUAUCAACAUGCUGGUGGAGCAGGGCGAGCAGUACAAGGUGUUCGGAGCCAUGCCUUUCCACGAUAUCAACAUGCUGGUGGAGCAGGGAGAGCAGUACAAGGUGUUUGGGGCAGUGCCUGUCACUCCUGCCAACACCUACAAGGUGCUGGCAAACAAGGAAGCUGCGCUGCUGUUUCCUGGAGGCGUGCGGGAGGCUCUAAAGAAAAGGGGGGAGGAAUAUCAGCUUUUUUGGCCCGAACGAGCAGAGUUUGUGCGCAUGGCGGCAAAGCACGAAGCAACAAUCAUCCCGUUUGCAUGCAUUGGCGUGGAUGAUGGGUUCGAUAUCCUUGUGGAUCCGGACGAAAUGCCCAGCGUGCCCAUCAUUGGCCCCAUGGCAGUGGAGGGCGUGCAGGCAUGGCCCAGAGUGAGGGAUGCAGCGGCAGCAGGGGAAGCAGCAGAGCAGUUCAUCCCCCCAGUCGUGGUCCCCAAGGGGUUGAACCGCCUCUACUUCCUCUUCCAAGCACCCAUCAGAACAAAAGGCAUGUCCCACUUGCUGACAGACAAGGCAGCAGCAGCAGAGCUGUACGCGCAUGUGAAGGGGGAGGUGCAAGACGGGCUGCGGUAUCUGCUGAGGAAGAGGGAGGAGGACCCUUAUAAUGUCCCUGUAUCCAGAUUAGUGUAUGAGGCAACAUGGGGUGGGGAGAGGCAGGCUCCCACGUUCAAGCCUUGA